UCAGGCCCGGCACAGGGAAUGGUGCCAUGGAGCGGCCGUCGGGACAACUGCAGCCCGAGCCGUCCCCGCAGGCCCAGCUGGCGAGCCGCCUGCUGGUCUCCUUCCAGUACCUGCACGUGCAGCUGGCUGGCGGCGCGCCCUGGGGCUUCACCCUGAGGGGCGGGCUGGAGCACGGCGAGCCGCUCAUCGUCUCCAAGGUGGAGGAUGGGGGGAAGGCGUCCCUCUCACAGAAGAUGCGCUCCGGCGAUGAGCUGGUGAACAUCAACGGCACCCCUCUCUACGGCUCUCGGCAGGAAGCCCUCAUCCUGAUCAAGGGCUCCUACCGCGCACUCAAGAUGAUCAUCCGGAGGAGGAAUGUGCCGAUCCUCCGGCCCCACUCAUGGCAUCUGGCCAAGCUCUCCGAAGUCCCGACUGAGGGUGCCGUCAUGACCUUCCCUGCAGACCCCCUGAGUCUCUCCUGGCACUUGGGCUGCGAGACGAGUGACCUGCCCUUGCCGUGGAACCCUCUCUCUCCCCACUGCACCACAGACAAGAGCAGCUCCCUCGGCAGCAUGGACAGUCUGGACCCGGCCAGCCAGACCUACUAUGAGGGCAGCCUGUCCCCCGUUGACCAGGCCAUGUACCAAAGCAAGCGGGACUCUGCCUACAGCUCCUUCUCGGCCAGCUCCAGCACCUCCGACUCUGCGCUGCGACCUGAGGAGGCCGGCUCUGUGGACGGCACCCAGCCUGGCCAGCUGCCCGAGCCUCGCUAUCUGCAGACAGGGAGAGAGCCUGCAGGCCUGCCGUCCCCUGCUCCUGCUGCCCGGGGACCCUCCAGCCUUCCGCCGGGCUCUCUUCCCAGCCCUGCCAAAGCAGCGGCUGCCCCUCCCCGCCCGCCUGUGAGACAGGACAGCCUGCGUGCAUGUAACUCCCCUCUGGAAGAUCCAAGAGCCCCGACCCACGAGGGUGGUUUGUGUCCCGAGAAUCGGUGGUGCUCGGACAUCUCCCUCUGUGCCCCUGGCCGAGAUCCCCAGGGGCCUGGGGGACAGCUGACCACCACAGGCCCCCUGAAGGACCCUCCAUUCCCUGACCAGUACUACCUGCUGAGCUCACACACAGAGCCACACCCUGGGAUGAAGAAGAGCCCACAAACCCCCCCCUCGCCUUUGGCUGAGAGCCCCCCCGAAGAGAAGGGGCCGGAGGUGGAGCCAGAGCCUCCCUCUUCCUGGAAGGCUGGCUGGGCCGGGCCCUUCGGCCAUCGCCACAGCGUCCCAGAACACCUGCUGGUGGCCCAGUUGCAGGCCUUGGAUGUCUCCCGUGGCCAGGAGGGCCCCAGCUGGACGGUGUCCCCGCUGCACAAGGAGCAGAAGGAGCGGCAGCCCCCAGAGCCGUGGCUGAACCCAGACCAGGAGCCCUGUGAGCCGGCAGGAGAGUUGGAUUCCCCCUCAGCUGCAGAAGAGGGCUCCCCUUCCGGACGGGGCGCUUGUACGGCACAGGGGAGGCCCCAGAGCCCCCUCCUGACCCUGACUGGCUCCCCACCACUGCCUCCAUUUGGCAAUGCCAGCACCCCCCGGCCAGGCUUCCAGGCAGCCCCCCACGUGGAUCACUUGCCAGAUGCAGAAAGGGGCCUCCCAGCCGCCCAGAAGGGCCACCAGCGCUCUGCACAGAUCCGCCGGCGCAGUGACCGCUUCGCCACCAACCUGCGGAAUGAGAUCCAGUGGCGGAAAGCCCAGCUGCAGAAGGCCAAAGGCCCCAGGGGGCUGGGGUGUGAAGAGGCAGAGGAGCCCCCCGCCCACCCCACGGCUCCUGCCCUGCCUCCUCCCUUAGGGGAGGGCAGACCCCUUGGCUCCUCUGGGCUGCCGGCCGUGCCCCCCAAGCGGUGGGGCUCCGAGCUGAGCGUGUUUGGGGAGCAGAGAGCCCCAUGCAGCCCCCAGAGGAUGCCUGGGGACCUGGUGCCCAAGGAGAAGCCUCUGCCAUCGGCCCGUGAGGCUGGAUGGGGAGGCGGCCGCUGGCGCUGGUCCCCAGAGCACAAGCUCCAGCCUCAGGAGUCCGAGCCAGGGCUGCCCGCACAGCUGCCUUUGGAGGAGGCCGGCCUUUUGCCUUUUGCUGACCGGCGGAAGUUCUUUGAGGAGACCAGCCGCCCGCUGCCCGCCAGGCCCUACGGCUCCCUUCAGGGCAGGCUUGAGAGCACCCGGACCACCGAGGCAGAGAAGCUGGGAAGCACUGAGCACGGGGACUUCCGGCGUCACUCCCUUGACCAGUCCUACCGGUGCCCACCUUCACCUCCCAUCCACCAGCCAGAGAGUCUGAGGUUGUGCAAGUCCCUGGCACGACCCGGUGUGGGCGCUGAGCAUUGGUGGGCUCUUCCUUGCUCGUGCGCCAUCCGAGAGGCCUGCGCCUGCAGCUUUAGGGAUGAGUGCGCCAUGCUGCAGUCGAGGAGCAGGCCAGGGCCACGCAGCCACCGCACCCACCAUUGCCACCCGUGUUCCUGGAGCUGCCACAGUGAGUGCUGUUGCCUAGGUCAGCAGAAGCUUCUGGAGAAUGGAGGUCCCUGGCAAACAAGGAAGCCUCUUCAGAGGGAAUUCUCCCCGGACGACGGAUGGGAGCCCCCAGCUGUGGACAGAGCCAGCAGCCAGGCUGUGAGCCAGCUCCUGCAGCACAAGGUGACCUAUGCCAGGGUCAGCCCCUCCUGGGCCUGCUUUGAGUACACCGAACCGGCUGGGCCUCCUUUCUGCCGGGUCCCAUCCACACCCAACCUCUCCUGGGACUGCGAGCGGCCAAAGUGGGUCACGGAGAAGGGCGGCUCGGAAGGGGGGCUCAACGAGUCCCACAAACCCCCCUUGCGCGAAAGGGCCUAUUCGGAGAGCCACCUCUGCGUCGAACCUGCCGGUGUCUCUGCGAGGGAUUGGCAAGAAGCCCCUUUGGCCAAGGCAGAGGAGAGAGCACCAAAGUCACCACCAUGCCAAGCCAGAAAAAGGAGGCCCCCUCCUCCGCGCCCUCCCCCACCCAACUGGGAGAAAUACCGCCCAGCCCGGGCCAACCUGUCCGUCCAUGCACAGGACUGCUGGGCCCCGGGCCAGCCUGGCUUCGAAGCGGCCAGGCAGCGUUCUCAGAGCCUCCCUGCGGAGCAGCCUUGGCACAACAGGCCACAACUGCAGUGCCCGCGGCUGCCUUCUACUGGACCCGAUGGCGCCCCUCCCUUCCCAGACAACCCUCACUACUAUUGCCACGGUUCACCCCCCCAGACCCCGGAGAGGCUGAUGGGCGAGGCAAGUGACCGGCGUGCCUCAUUCAGGGCAGCCAGUUCCUCGGAGGGGGCAGCUGCCAAGGAGCCUCCCUGGGUGGAGGAGCAGCAGAUGCCAUCCGGCAGUCCCUCAGAACAGCCCCUUACCUGGCAGCCCCAGCAGGGUGUGCCUGUGUCCCAGAACGCUGUGAGAGAGAGUCAUGCAUCAGGGCCGCCGCCCCUCUCACGCCUGAAUUCGGAGGAGCUGAUGAGAGACGUGGCAGGCAAGGACCACUCUCUGGCCGGAGUGCUGAGCUCUGGCUUCGGAUUGCGGUCAGCAGCUGAGGUGAUGGGUGAACUCUUUGCUGCAAGCAGCUGUGCUCUCUGGCCAAGGCAGGACUGGUCACUGCUGGGGAGUGGUCCCAGCUGCCCUGAAAGGCAGCAGAAGCCUUCCGAGCCCCCCUCUUGCUUGACUUACCUCAACCUGUCGGCGGGCAAGGCGGAGCUGCUAAACCAAAUGAAGGACUACUCUGAGUUGGCUGCAGCCGCCCCAGAAGAGGAGCCGGACCACGACCUGGCUCAGAAGAAGGUGCAGCUGAUCGAGAGCAUUGGGCGGAAGCUGCUGGUGCUGCAGGAGGCCCAGCAGAGCCUGCAGGAUGACCUGAGUGCCAAUGCGGCCCUUGGCAGAGAGGUGGAGAAUUACAUCAAAGGGGCCUGCAAGCCCCACGAAUUGGAGAAAUUCCGCCUCGUCAUGGGCGACCUGGACAAGGUGGUCCACUUGCUGCUCUCGCUGUCUGGGAGGCUGGCCCGAGUGGAGAACGCCCUCAGGGGGCUGAAUGUGGAGGAGGAGGAGGAGGAGGAGGAGAAGAUGGCCCUCUUGGAGAAGAAGCGGCAGCUGACAGCACAGCUGGAGGAUGCCAAGGAGCUGCAGGAGCACGUGGCUCAGCGGGAGCAGCUCGUCUUUGCCAACGUCUCGCGCUGCGUGGCCCCCGAGCAACUGCAAGACUACCAGCACUUUGUGCGCAUGAAGUCCACCUUGGCGAUCCAGCAGCGGCAGCUGGACGAUAAGAUCAAGCUGGGCGAGGAGCAGCUGCGUUGUCUCUGGGAGAGCCUCCCUCGGAGGCCCCGGAAGCCCUAGAGGAGCCAGGGCCCCACUGGUUGGGGGGAGGGCUGCCUGCAAGCUGCAGGGCCUCCGUGAACUUCUGCCCUCUGGAAAGCCUUUUGCCAAAGAGCUGUGCCUGCUCCUGCCCUCACCCACAUGCCUUUUGCCACAAGGAUGCGCCCGCCUGCAGUUAGGGUCAAGGAAAGGCGGCUGGGGGGGUCCUCGCAGCCACCCCACAAACUACCCGGCUGGCUAGAUGAGGGGACCAUCCCUUCCAGGGGCCACACAGC